AUGGGCUGCAGCUUCAAGCGCGUGGCCCUGGCCUUGGUGCUCUUCCACCAGCUGCUCCUCUUCCUCUACUUCAUGGGUGUACUGGACCUGAACUCCGACCAACCGGCGCCACAGCCACUCAGCACUCCCACUACUCCAGGCCUAAGCAGAUCAAAGGGCAUGACCGAACGACGGCCGGUCGUGUGCCACCCGGAGGUGUGCGAGGGCAUGUGCGAUGAGGCGUGCGGGCAGACGCCCAAGAUCACGCGCGAGUGCCGUGGCGACGAGUGCCGCGCCGAGCACCCGCAACUCAUCCACAAGGUCGAGCUUUCGUACCCGGCCUUUACGAUGAGGAUGCCGUCAUUUGUGGACCCCGAGCUCGAAGCCCUCUUCCUCAGCGUCGGCGCUGUGAAGAACACCUACAUGGUCGAGCACGGUCAGUGCCCGUCGCCACAGGCUCGGGAGGGCGAGAACAGGUGCGAAAUCAUCGGCGCGUUCAACAAGAGUAGGGAACUGGUGUUCACGCACGCGCGCUACAUCUACGGUGAGAUCGCCGUGAUCAAAGACGGCGUGUGGAGCGGCAAGCCCGACGACACGUUCGGUCAGUUCGAGUGUUGGGAGAAGGCCGACUUCCGAUGGAUCGCCCAAGGGAAAGCGGCAGCAAAGCGGCCCACCAAGUCGUUUAAGAAGGCGGUGGUGAUGCUGACGCCCGUCACCGGGGGCGCCUACUACCAACACUUCAUCGACCGCGGGUGGUCCAAACUGAUCCAAGCCUGGAUCCUGGUGUCGCCCGGGUUCAAGAGGCACCCCAACGUGGAGCGCCUGUGGGAGCGCUUCGGCAUGAAGGACCGCCUGGUGUACGUGAACCCCAAGGACACGGUCUACGCAGAAGAGCGCGCCCAACGACGACUCGGGGUCGACCCCGACGUGCCGCUCGACAAGCGAAAGAAGAUCGUCUACUUCACUCGCAAGGGGAAAUCGAGACAAGUACUGAACGAGGACGAACUGGUGGCGGGCAUCCGGACGUGGCUGAAGGACAACAAGCGGCCCGAAGAGCUGCUCGUGUUCGAGAGCGAGGACUGGCCCGACCUGGACAAACUCAUCCAUUUCUUCAACCAAGAGGUGGUGGCUGUGGUGGGACCGCACGGUGGUGCCUUCUACAACGCGCUGUUUUGCGCCCGAAAGACGCUCGUCAUCGAGUUCUUCCCCAUCAGCAUGAGAGGCGACGCGUACCGCUGGCCCGAGUGCAUCUGGUGGCCCUCCCACUUUCUGGGCUUCCGCUACUACCAGGUCCCGAUCCGCACCAAGUCAGCCGCCGUCAACGUGCAGCCCCAUCUUGUCACCGACAUCCUCCGCCACGAGCUUCCCCAUGCCCCACCAUCAUCAUGA